GUGCGAAAAUAAAAGCAGGAAUCGGCGUUGAAAGAGAAAUGUUGAUGCAAAGAAUGCAAAGAAACAAUUAGCAUCAAGUCUACAGUAUAUAGAUGUUAUUUGUUGUUUUGAGAAUAACAACUAUAGAUUUUAAUACAAAGACAGAGUCCAGUCAGAGGAGAGGCAGGCGACCUUGUUCUUGGUUCCAGACACUCAGGCCACCAGCCCUCCUUCGUUCUACGAGCCUCGUUGUGCCCCUCGUCUCCUCGUGAAGAUGGCACCCUCCCUGGCCACAGCCUUCUCCAGGCGCUGGUGGAUGGCUGUGACUGCGGUCAUAGAGAACCUGCUGUUCUCUGCUGUGCUGCUGGGCUGGGGCUCCCUGCUCAUCAUGCUCAAGUCUGAAGGCUUCUACUCCUACCUCUGCAGAGAACCUGGUAACAGCACCAGUCAGAACCAGUCUGAGCCAGUCCAGGUUGGGGAUGCGGAGGGGAUCACCCAGAGCCCCAUGGUGGAGGAGGAGUACCUCCAGAUGAACGGCUGGCCCAUCUGUAAGGACCAGGAUGAGAUGCUGAACUUGGCCUUCACUGUGGGCUCCUUCCUCCUCAGUGCCAUCACCUUGCCCCUGGGCAUUGUCAUGGACAAGUAUGGCCCACGCAAGCUCCGGCUGCUCGGCAGUACCUGCUUUGCUUUCUCCUGUAUCCUGAUCGCUUAUGGAUCGAGCGACCCCAAGAAUCUGUCCAUCCUCAUAUUCUUUGCUCUGGCACUGAACGGGUUCGGAGGAAUGUGCAUGACCUUUACUUCCCUCACGCUUCCCAAUAUGUUUGGUGAUCUUCGUUCCACCUUCAUCGCUCUCAUGAUUGGAUCGUAUGCAUCCUCCGCUGUCACCUUCCCUGGGAUCAAGGUGAUCUAUGACCUAGGAGCCACCUUCAUCACCAUCCUGCUGGUGUGGGCUGCCUGCGCUGGCCUCGUCUUCAUCAACUGCUUCUUCAACUGGCCCCUGGAGCCCUUCCCUGGACCUGAGGAUAUGGACUACACUGUGAAGAUCAAGUUCAGCUGGCUGGGCUUUGACCAUAAGAUCACUGGAAAGCAGUUCUACCGCCAGGUGACCACGGUGGGGAGACGACUCAGCGUGGGGAACAGCAUGAAGCAAAACCCCAAGGAGCUGGCCCAACAGGAGGGCAACAAGCUGUGUCUCUCCACCGUUGACCUGGAGGUCCAGUGCAAGUCUCAGGAGGAAUCCCAGUCCUUCAUGAAGAGUAUCCUGAGUCCUAUUUUCAUGCUCAGCCUGAUCACCAUGUGUGUCACCCAGCUGAGACUUAUCUUCUACAUGGGAGCCAUGAACAACAUCCUCGAGUCGCUGUCCGACAGAGACUUGAACACAGUGAGUGUGUACACCUCCAUUUUCGGAGUGCUGCAGCUGCUCUGUCUGAUGACCGCUCCAGUGAUCGGGUACAUCAUGGACUGGAAACUCAAAGAGUGUGAGGAUGAGAACGCGAAGCCGGGAAAAAGAGAUCUUACUCAGCCCAAGCGUCGUGACAGACAGAUUCAGAAAAUCACCAACGCCACACGGGCCUUCAUCUUCACCAACCUGCUACUGAUGGGCUUCGGGGUCACCUGCCUCGUCCCCAGCCUCCCUCUCCAGAUUCUAUCGUUUAUUCUGCACACCAUUGUGAGAGGAUUCAUCCACUCUGCGGUUGGAGGGCUCUAUGCUGCUGUGUACCCGUCGUCUCAGUUUGGCAGUCUGACAGGCAUGCAGUCCCUCAUCAGCGCCCUGUUUGCCCUGCUGCAGCAGCCCCUCUUCAUGGCCAUGAUGGGCCCCCUGAAGGGAGACCCCCUAUGGGUCAACGUGGGCCUGCUGGGGCUGACGGUGCUGGGCUUCUGCCUGCCUCUCUACCUGCUCUGCUACAGCCGCCAGCUCCAACGCCAGAAGCAGGAGCGCGAGGAGGACCCCAAGAUCUAUGUCCAGAUCAACAACGGCAGCACGCCCGAGGCCUUCAUCUAGAGAGACAGGCUGACGGACAGAGAUUUGUUUCAACAAUGAGAAGGAGGAACGGAGAGUGUGAGGAGGGGAGAGGUCACAGGUGUGACUGAACUGUAUGAUGAAAUCGCAACCUCACCCACCAACUCUGGUCCCUCUACCGUCUGCACUUGCACUCAGACGAUACUCUCUCUCUCUCUCUCUCUCUAACACACACACACACACACAAAUCCCUUACAUUCCCCCUCACACACAGACACAGACAUCACACAAGCGCUCGACACACACACACACACACACACACACCACGCCCACUCCCAAACACACUCUGUCAAACCUACAGUAUAUGUUCACCAAUCUCAGAGAACUACUAUGAUAAAGGCAAACACUUUUACACUCCCCAGAACACCAUUGACUACAUACACUGUGAAAGACACGCAACAACACACACGUUGUGAAACCUCUUCAACACACGCGCGCGCGGUUCCUUUUCCAGGGACACACCACCAAAUGGACAGUGUUCAUCUUCUCACCACUGAAAUGAGAAAGGACAACCGCGGGUCUGUGAACUGAGGAGAAAGGAGAGAAGAAGAGGGAGGAGGAUCUCCACGACUUUCUCCUCUCUUCCAGUCUCUGUUUCAGUGCUCUAUCAUUUUUCUGUCAAUGAUGCCAUGCUCACUCCUGCCUGUCAGUGCAAAAAGAGGACACUGAUUCUCCGGUCACCCUGCGAAAAGAACUAGAGAGGAAGCAAGCGUUCAACGCCAUGUCAAAGACCUCCAGUGCUGGAUGUGGUGACUUGAACCAAAUAAGCAGAUGACGUCCUCCUCCUCGCAAUUACAAUACCCAGGCCACCAGUGUUUUUACAUGUGUUUUCAAUGAUGCCAGUAACGACGACGAGUAUCGCCUCACUUUCUAAUUCUGAUCCAAGUUAGUCUCGCACCGUCUCGUGCUGCACUUGGGGUCUUCUACUUCACGCCCUGAAAACUGGUUUAAUGAUUAGGACGUUAUUGAAACGUUAUCAAAACGUUUAUUGGCGAUAGGCCUGUAUUUUUCUCUGUGGUUGUUACAUGUGAAUGCCUCUCUGUUGUCGCAAGUAGUUUGGGCUGGAGGUAGGAGUGAAUCAGGUGGUAUAGAAGUUCCAGUACUCCAAAUGGUGCUUAGAGUUCAUCCUGCCAUAACGUUCCCAUUUGCUUCUGUAACGUUCCCAUAACGUUCUGCAAUGUUGGGGAUAGUCAUCAUUGUAAAUUAAUUGGAAAGAAUGGAACUUCAUGCAACCUUUUAGAAGCUAGUCGAUGUAACCCUCUCAUCUAGCGAGUGUUCCUUCCAGUGUCUCAAAGACCAAACCUUGUGACUCUUGUCUUUUUAGUUCUGUUGUUGAGGAUAACAGAGGCGUGGAGUGUUAAAGCCACAGAGAAGCUGUCGUUUUAAGACUGUUCAAACGGCUCUAGGAGACUAGAAAGCGAAGGCAUGUUUUUUUGUAACACUCAGCACUCUGGGUAAAAGCCCGAGGCAAUAGCUUUGCUUUGAGUCAAUUUGAGCUGAGAGCAAGUGAUUCGGCCAAUGGGUUUCCAGUGAGCAGUGUGCAGGCCAGCGUUUUACUUCUAGGGAAUACUAUGUGACUGUGCAAAGUGGCUGUGCUUCAAACAAAAGCAUGGCACAGGUUGAAACAAGCCUCUUACCGGUAAUAAUGUGCCACAAUAACAUAAGGUACAGCACAACUGUAGGAAAAAAAGGGUUCCUAAAGGGUUCUUCGGCUGUCCCCAUAAGAGAACCGUUUUUGGUUCCAGGUAGAACCCUUUUGGACAUCCGAGUAACUGUUUUAGGUUCUAGAUAACAUGUUUUUUUCCCCCUAAGAGUGUAGGCUAGGUUAUCAAGACCACUGACUGGUCUUGUCUUGGCAGUCCGUUUUUGUCGUGCAAAAUGAAUUUCUUAUUGAAUUGGUGUGUUUUUAUUUUUAUUUGUGAUGACCAGAUGUUGUUUUUGUCAGGAGACCUGGUUUUUAAAAAGUUAUAGUUUUAUCAACUGUAUUUUACCUGCAAAAUGAUACUGACAUGCUGUUCAAGCUUUUGUUCUGUUUCAAGACAAAUGUGAUUUAGUACAAAUUGGUUUUAUGAGAAAUGGUUUAAGAUAGGAGAUGUGUAGCUUAAGGUGAACUGUGGUUGCUAUGGGUCUAUACCUGCCACUGUUCUACAGUACCUGAAUUACAUUCUGAUUCGCUGUAGCAAUAAGUACUUAUGUGAGUUGCUGAGCUAUCCUCUACUCAUCCCGGCAACACAUAACUCUGUGAACACCACUGUUGUCCAACCACACACACACACACACACACACAAUGCAAGAAUGUGGAUUGAUAUUAUGUAAUGUUUAUUACAAAGGUGCUUCUCAAUGACAGGAACAUGGACUCAUAUUUUUCUUGAUGUACUGGUCAGGUAGUGACCAUUCUGCAUCUAUCAAUGGUCUCACUUACAAAGCCUCACUUUGUAGUGACAAAUUACUUGAAUUAUCGAAUUCCAACUUCAACUUUGAUUCACUUUUCAAAUCAAAAAAGGGAGACGGAGAGAUGCUUGAAUAUGAUAUCUGAUUCUAAAUCCACACUCUUGCAGCUGUUGUGAAUGUUGUGAUCUUGGGACCCAGGUGGGCGGGCAGGCAGGUCAUGAUAGGACAUUAUGUUCUUGAAUGAUCUGUUGCGGGUAACAGACACCGGAGAGAGAGCGUGACAACUUGAUUGAUGUAGCUCUACGCCCGCAGACGCAGUAUUUAGACUGGACGGGACACCUGCUUUUCCUCAGUCACUCACAGAAGCACUUCCAAAGACAGCCAUGUAACCAGCAGAUUGCCUCUAUGUUCAGAUGAUUUGAGACGCGGAUACGAUACGGCAAGUCGAUGCCCCGCCCCCGCUCAUCAUGACCCGUCACAUUGAUCCAUCCAUGUCCAAACCACUAUCCUGAACUGUUGCUCUGACACACCUAGUUCUCCACUGCAGUCUCACCCAAACACAAACCACCCACCCAAGAGAUCCUUCACAUACUGGCGAUCGAACUUCGAGACAAUGCUAGAAUCCCCAAAAGCUUCAGGAAUGAAAUACAUGAGAACUGAAUGGCACAUGUGCACCUUAGUCCUCAUAUCAGGAUUUCAAUGCUAUUUUUUCUGAAUGGCAUGCACUGAAAUAAUAAUAGAUAUAAAAGACAGUGCACCUCUUGCUGGUUCUGCAUGUUAGCAUAGAAUGUAUUCCCAGUCGUUUU